AUGCAGAUUGAUGAGGACCCUAAUUGGCAAAACCCCAUCAUCGACUGCUUAGCGAAUGGAAAUUUGCCAACGGAUAAGUUAGAAGUUAAGAAAAUAGAGCAGAAGGUCGCGAGAUACUAUAUGCAAGACAGCAAGCUCAUUCGCAGAUCAUACUGCCAUCCUUUUCUCACAUGCACAAAGUACCCUCAAACACUUGAGGUGCUUUGCAAAAUCCACGACCGCGAGUGUGGCAACCACUCUGGGGGUAUGUCACUAGCCUAG